AUGGACAGAAGUGACGGAGGAUACAUCCAAAGCUCUCCAAAAAGAGAAUUCCUAGGAAUAAAGACACUAAGAACACUCACAAUCAAACAGAUCAACAACUGUGACUUUGAUGAGGCAUCUUCAACACACAUGAUCGACUCUGCGGAAGUCACCAACGUUCAAAUUGUUGGAUGGGUUGUAUCUUCGAGAACAUCGGCAACAGGUUCGAUGUUUGUUUUGGAGGAUGGGACAGAGAGUGUGGAUUGUACAUUCUGGCCAAGUAAUUCCUAUGAGGAAGAGCAGUGCAAGGCUCUUGAAGAACAUGGACUUCUCCAGGUCAAUGGGUCUCUCCGAACAUUCAAUGGAAAGAGAAGUGUAUCUGUGUCCCAUCUAGCCCAGGUAGAAGACCCAAAUCUUAUCACCUACCACUUUCUGAACUGUAUCUAUCAACAUCUAUUCUAUACCAGGCAGCUUCAGAGAGAAGAGGUAAAAAGCGAUGGUGCAAAGCUCGGCAGGAUCCAGGAGGACAUACUGGAGUGCUAUAGGAAGAACCAGGAUGAGAAUGGGCUUCACAUAAAUGUGGUUAUCAAGAUGCUCUCGUCUAAAUAUCCAGAAAGCGAGAUUAAAGAAAACAUCGAUGUUCUAUUGAGGGAUUGCCAUCUUUACAGUGUGGAUGGUUUGGAAUACAAGACAACAGUUUAA